AUGCGGCUAACCCCGUCACCGCAACAGACGCUCCUCGCCCGCAACUACAGAGGUGACAUCCCCAUGUCAGCCGUGGAGAAGUUCCCCGUCCUCCUAUCCGAAGCCGAAGAAGAAUCAUCCGCUGUGCCGCCCUGCUUCUCCCACGAAGGCAUCAAUUACCUCUACAUCCGCCACAACAACCUCUACCUCCUCGCCCUGACGAAGCGCAACACCAACGCCGCCGAAAUCCUUCUCUUUCUGCACAAAAUUGUCGAGGUCUUCACCGAGUACUUCAAGGCGCUCGAGGAAGAAUCCAUCCGCGACAACUUCGUCAUCAUCUACGAACUGCUCGACGAGAUGAUGGACUUUGGCUACCCGCAGACGACCGAGUCCAAGAUCCUCCAGGAGUACAUCACGCAGGAGUCGCACAAGCUGGAGGUGCAGGCGCGGCCGCCCAUCGCCGUCACCAACGCCGUGUCGUGGCGCUCCGAGGGCAUACGGUACCGCAAGAACGAGGUGUUCCUCGACGUCGUCGAGAGCCUCAACCUGCUCGUCAGCUCCGACGGCAACGUGCUGCGCAGCGAGAUCCUCGGCGCCAUCAAGAUGAAGUGCUACCUCAGCGGCAUGCCCGAGCUGCGCCUCGGCCUCAACGACAAGGUCAUGUUCGAGACGACGGGCCGCACCACGCGCGGCAAGGCCAUUGAGAUGGAGGACGUCAAGUUCCACCAGUGCGUGCGCCUGGCCCGCUUCGAAAACGACCGCACAAUCUCCUUCAUCCCCCCGGACGGCGAGUUCGAGCUCAUGUCGUACCGCCUCAACACGCAGGUCAAGCCGCUCAUCUGGAUCGAGUGCGUCGUCGAGUCCCACUCGGGCUCCCGCAUCGAGUACAUGCUCAAGGCCCGCGCGCAGUUCAAGCGCCGCAGCACCGCCAACAACGUCGAGAUCAUCGUCCCCGUCCCCGACGACGCCGACUCCCCGCGCUUCCGGACGAACAUUGGCUCCGUGCACUACGCCCCCGAGCAGAGCGCCAUCGUCUGGAAGGUCAAGCAGUUUGGCGGCCAGAAGGAGUUCCUCAUGCGCGCCGAGCUCGGUCUCCCGAGUGUCAGGGGCGACGACGAGCACGGCGGCGGCAUGACGGGCGGCUUCGGCGGCAGCAUGGGCGGCGUCGGCGGCAUGGGCAAGGGCGCCAAGAGGCCCAUCCAGGUCAAGUUUGAGAUUCCCUACUUUACCACGAGCGGCAUCCAGGUGCGGUAUUUGAAGAUUACAGAGCCAAAGCUACAAUACCCGUCCCUGCCAUGGGUCAGGUACAUUACUCAAUCGGGCGACAUUGCUGUCCGACUACCAGACGCCGUCUGA